GAUUGGUCAAGGAGACUUGUAAAUGAUGGCGGCUGAAAGUGACUUCCGCUGGAUACGAAGAGGAUCGUAAACAAACGAACAUGAUUUGCAAGAACGGUGUUCCUAUUCGCAUUAUGCCCAAUAUUCACGAGGGAGCGUUCAUUGGGGAUACGAGGGAGAUUUCCCAGGCGCUCGAAAGCGGACAGAGCCCUGUGGAAUUUGAUGACACAGGUUCUUCCCCAGUUCACAAAGCUGCUGCCAAUGGUCACCUAGAGGCAUUAAAACUCCUUCUAGAACAUGGUGGAGACAUCAAUCAAUGUGACAUCACAGGCUCCUCCCCUCUGCAUGUGUCUUCGCGUAAUGGACAUCUUACAUGUGUCAAAUAUCUGAUAGAAAAUGGUGCUGAUCACAAGCUCAAGUCCAAGAAGGGAAACACAGCACUGAAUGUUGCAAAGUCUAGUGCUCAGCAAAAAGUGGCUGAGUAUUUGGCAAACUGUGACAGAGACAAGUUUGCCUGAGAAGUGGCUUAACAUGUGCCAAGGAAAUAAUACUAGAUGCUGUUUUAAGAGCUCACGAACACAAAAUUUUAAGAGCUCACCAACACAAAAUACUACAGGCAGCAAAAAUUGAAAAAAUACUCCAGCCCCCUCCACCUUAUCGAAACUUUUACAUCUGCCUCUAACCUUGGCAUAAAUUGAGGCCCUACCCCCAAACCCAAGAAUUUUAGAAAUAUAUAAGGAAAUUACCAGUAAGGAUGUUUCUAUGCCCCCCCUCCCCCAGUAUUCUUAAUGUCCCUGUGCCAUACCCUCUCCCCAUAUCAUAGUCAAACAUUCUUUUCAACAUUCAAUCUGGAUAUUUCCUUCUCAUCCCUUAUCUCAAAAGGUUUAUCAGGCAUGACAUACACAAUGUUGUGCUUGUGGAUGAUUACGAGUCUCAUUAAAAAGGAGUGAGAGGGUUUGGCUUGUCUGACAAUGGCGCUUUUACUUCUACUAUACAUAAGAGAAAUAACCAUCAUAAAAAGGUGUUAAAAGUCUUUACAUCUCGACUUGUGUGACAAAAUGGAGCCAUUUUUAUUGAAGAGUGGUUUAACAAAAUUUACAGCUACAGAACUGAAACAUUUGCAUUCAUUUCCUUGUAACAGUCACAAUCCAGACCAGACUGUUUAUUAAAUGUGAUCAGGGCUGAAAAUAAAGAAACCUUUGUCACAAAUUUAUACCAUUGCUACUGUUGAUGUUCUAUUGAGAGAUAUUCAAGUUCCCUAAUUUUCCUUAUCUCCACUGUUGAAUAAUUGCAUUGUUCCUAGAAAGGUAUUAAAUAUAUAUGUUGCAGUCAAUAAUGAAUGUCAGUCCAAAAUGAAAAUGGACUAGUAAAAAAUGAAACCAAA